AUGGAGGUGCGUCACAAGCCGCGUCCCAUUACGGGCGACCUCGAACCAACCAGCCGCAGCCACGUGUCAGAUUUCCACGUUCUCUUCUCCGACAUACUCGACUGCAUUCGCUCGUCAAUCACCGCCAUCCAUCCGCGAAAACGACCGUUACAUUUCGCAGCCUUCGCAGCGUUACUGUGUUUACUGAUUGUGGCGGCGACGCUGGUCCCCACGGACCUCGAGAUCGACGCCGAGACGUACUUCGGGCGCCCCGACGGCGACGCGGCGCGGCGCGACGAGGGCUUCGGGCGUGGGCUGUUCAACGAGACGCAGACGGACGGCAAAUUCGACGUGCAGGCCGCCGCCAGGCUGUGGGAGCGCCAUGUGGGGUGUGCAUGGUUCCGCGCACGCCACCGCCACCUCAUCAACCGCUUCAGAGACCCCCUCGCUUGGCCGCCCAACCCCUCCCUGCAGGCACGCCCUCCCCCCUCGCUGCAGGACCCCACCGAGCCAUCGUGCAACCGAAUGAGAUUGCGCCACGUCACCGUCUUCGUUGUCCCCACCAAUUCCUCAUGGUUCGAUGCGGGCAGCAUUGAGGGAUAUUAUUUCUGCCCGAGGUGCCGAAUGACAUGCCAGAUAACGUUCAGUGAGCCCAUGGCAUCGCAUGCGGACGCCACUCUCCACGUCGCCCCCAACACCCCCCCGCCGGGCCGGCAGCGGGGCACCGUGAUCGCCGUGCUGCCACACGGUGUGAUCGCCGUGCUUCCACACGGUGUGACCGCCGUGCUUCCACACGGUGUGAUCGCCGUGCUUCCACACGGUGUGAUCGCCGUACUUCCACACGGUGUGAUCGCCGUGCUUCCACACGGUGUGAUCGCCGUGCUUCCACACGGUGUGAUCGCCGUGCUUCCACACGGUGUGAUCGCCGUGCUUCCACACGGUGUGAUCGCCGUGCUUCCACACGGUGUGAUCGCCGUGCUUCCACACGGUGUGAUCGCCGUGCUUCCACACGGUGUGAUCGCCGUGCUUCCACACGGUGUGAUCGCUGUGCUUCCACACGGUGUGAUCGCCUGUGCUUCCACACGGUGUGAUCGCCGUGCUUCCACACGGUGUGAUCGCCGUGCUUCCACACGGUGUGAUCGCCGUGCUUCCACACGGUGUGAUCGCCGUGCUUCCACACGGUGUGAUCGCCGUGCUUCCACACGGUGUGAUCGCCGUGCUUCCACACCUGCAUCCUGCCGUGCUUCCACACCUGCAUCCUGCCGUGCUGCCACACCUGCAUCCUGCCGUGCUUCCACACCUGCAUCCUGCCGUGCUGCCACACCUGCAUCCUGCCGUGCUUCCACACCUGCAUCCUGCCGUGCUGCCACACCUGCAUCCUGCCGUGCUGCCACACCUGCAUCCUGCCGUGCUUCCACACCUGCAUCCUGCCGUGCUUCCACACCUGCAUCCUGCCUGCCACUCUCCUUCAUUCGCCUUGCGCUCUCCCGUGCCCUCAACCUCUCUCCUUCUCUGCACGUGCUCCACCUCACCACCCUGCUGCACCCGGCUGGUCGCCAGCGCUGCCACUUGCCCUCUAAUACCAUUCCCUCUCAUGGCACUCCCUGCUGCCACUUGCCCUCUAAUACCAUUCCCUCUCAUGGCACUCCCUGCUGCCACUUGCCCUCUAAUACCAUUCCCUCUCAUGGCACUGCCUGCUGCCACUUGCCCUCUAAUAACAUUCCCUCUCAUGGCACUCCCUGCUGCCACUUGCCCUCUAAUACCAUUCCCUCUCAUGGCGCUCCCUGCUGCCACUUGCCCUCUAAUACCAUUCCCUCUCAUGGCACUCCCUGCUGCCACUUGCCCUCUAAUACCAUUCCCUCUAAUACCAUUCCCUCUGCACGCCUCUCCUCCCAACCACGUCAACCCUCUCCCCCCUUCCCCUGCCAGGUGGGCGACCCGCUGCAGGUCUACCUGGACAUGGGGCGGGCGGCGGGGGCGGCGGGGGGCGGCAGGGCGGAGGAGGGGGACGUGGCGGUGUGGUGGGGGCGGGGGGCGGACGUGCAGCUCACCUUUGCGCGCUUCUCUGACGCCAUGCCCAGCGGCAGGCAGCACGGCCUGCAGCCCCUCAAGUUCCAGGUGCCCCUCAAGUUCCAGGUGCCCCUCAAGUUCCAGGUGCCCCUCAAGUUCCAGGUGCCCCUCAAGUUCCAGGUGCCCCUCAAGUUCCAGGUGCCCCUCAAGUUCCAGGUGCCCCUCAAGUUCCAGGUGCCCCUCAAGUUCCAGGUGCCCCUCAAGUUCCAGGUGCCCCUCAAGUUCCAGGUGCCCCUCAAGUUCCAGGUGCCCCUCAAGUUCCAGGUGCCCCUCAAGUUCCAGGUGCCCCUCAAGUUCCAGGUGCCCCUCAAGUUCCAGUUCCCAUUCCAAUUCCCAUUCCAAUUCCCAUUCCAAUUCCCAUUCCAAUUCCCAUUCCAAUUCCCAUUCCAAUACCGAUUCCCAUUCCCAUUCCCAAUCCCUUUCCCAUUCCCAUUCCCAUUCCCAUUUCCAUUUUUCAUUCCCACUCCGAUUUCCAUUCCCAUCCCCAAUCCUCCCAUCGUCAUUUCCAUCGCCAUAAGCUGUACCACCGAGUCGUGCUGUCAAGCCACUCCCUCGCUCUGCACCAGCCCCCCUGCUGUGCACCAGCCCCCCUGCUGUGCACCAGCCCCCCUGCUGUGCACCAGCCCCCCUGCUGUGCACCAGCCCCCCUGCUGUGCACCAGCCCCCCUGCUGUGCACCAGCCCCCCUGCUGUGCACCAGCCCCCCUGCUGUGCACCAGCCCCCCUGCUGUGCACCAGCCCCCCUGCUGUGCACCAGCCCCCCUGCUGUGCACCAGCCCCCCUGCUGUGCACCAGCCCCCCUGCUGUGCACCAGCCCCCCUGCUGUGCACCAGCCCCCCUGCUGUGCACCAGCCCCCCUGCUGUGCACCAGCCCCCCUGCUGUGCACCAGCCCCCCUGCUGUGCACCAGCCCCCCUGCUGUGCACCAGCCCCCCUGCUGUGCACCAGCCCCCCUGCUGUGCACCAGCCCCCCUGCUGUGCACCAGCCCCCCUGCUGUGCACCAGCCCCCUGCUGUGCACCAGCCCCCCUGCUGUGCACCAGCCCCCCUGCUGUGCACCAGCCCCCCUGCUGUGCACCAGCCCCCCUGCUGUGCACCAGCCCCCCUGCUGUGCACCAGCCCCCCUGCUGUGCUGGCUGCUCGUGGUGCCACCUCCCUCAGUGCAAGCAUGGGCCCUCCCUCCGUCCCUCCCUCCCUCCCUCCCUCCCUCCCUCCCUCCCUCCCUCCCUCCCUCCCUCCCUCCCUCCCUCCCUCCCUCCCUCCCUCCCUCCCUCCCUCCCUCCCUCCCUCCCUCCCUCCCUCCCUCCCUCCCUCCCUCCCUCCCUCCCUCCCUCCCUCCCUCCACUCCCCGCCUCUCCCCGCCGCUCCAAGGCUGUGGGGCGCUCCAAGGCUGUGGGGCGCUCCAAGGCUGUGGGGCGCUCCAAGGCUGUGGGGCGCUCCAAGGCUGUGGGGCGCUCCAAGGCUGUGGGGCGCUCCAAGGCUGUGGGGCGCUCCAAGGCUGUGGGGCGCUCCAAGGCUGUGGGGCGCUCCAAGGCUGUGGGGCGCUCCAAGGCUGUGGGGCGCUCCAAGGCUGUGGGGCGCUCCAAGGCUGUGGGGCGCUCCAAGGCUGUGGGGCGCUCCAAGGCUGUGGGGCGCUCCAAGGCUGUGGGGCGCUCCAAGGCUGUGGGGCGCUCCAAGGCUGUGGGGCGCUCCAAGGCUGUGGGGCGCUCCAAGGCUGUGGGGCGCUCCAAGGCUGUGGGGCGCUCCAAGGCUGUGGGGCGCUCCAAGGCUGUGGGGCGCUCCAAGGCUGUGGGGCGCUCCAAGGCUGUGGCUGCAAUGCGCGCCUACCUGCCGCGCACUUGUAUUUCUCUUCUUAUUGCAUGUUGUAGAAAAGGAGCUUGUUCUUCUAGAUGA